ACCGCAAACGCCAUAUUCACGUCUGAAGCAAUGUUCACCAGUCCACUGAGGCGAACGAUCCCCCUCAAACGGAUCUCUGGGCGACAGAGCGGUUAUCUCGCCGUGCGUCGUGACCCGAGAGGCAGCAGGUGCUUCUUGGCUCAAGAUUACCACAACAACAGAUCCCCAGGCGGCCGCGGCACCGACAGCUCGCCACAAUCUUCUGUCGUCCGCAGUAGUGUUCAGUGGUCUGCAAGCUCCCCUUUCGCUUUCUUGGGCCUUGCCAUAGGAGUAGUUGGUGGGUGGCUUCUCAACCAGCAAGAUGUCGUCAAGGAUCUUGAUCAGCAACCAUACGCCACCGUCGGGGAGAUGGAGCGGGCAGUGGGCGAGAUUGAGCAGCAGCUUGGUCCAGAUAGUGUCUCUACAGACAGUGAGAUCCUGAGAGCACACGGCUAUUCCGAGUGGUCCACCGUCAACAUCGACAGACUGCCAGUGGCCGUUGUAUUUCCCAAUUCGACGGAAGAUGUGUCUUCCAUAGCCAAGAUUUGCCACAAGUACAAUGUUCCAAUCAUACCUUACUCUGGAGGUUCCAGUGUUGAGGGCAAUUUUUCUGCGCCUUUUGGUGGCAUCAGCGUCGAUUUCUGCAACAUGGCUAGCAUUGUCAAGUUCAGACCUGAAGACAUGGAUAUUACUGUUCAACCAGGCAUGUCCUGGGUGCAGAUGAACAACAUAAUCAGCUCGAGCGGCCUGUUCUUCCCAAUAGACCCUGGCCCAUCUGCUCAAUUGGGCGGUAUGAUUGGUACCAACUGCAGCGGCACGAACGCCAUUCGGUACGGAACCAUGAAAGACUGGGUCGUCAACCUCACCGUCGUUCUCAGCGAUGGUACUAUUGUCAAGACGCGGCGGCGACCAAGGAAAUCUUCGGCUGGCUACAAUCUCAAUUCCAUUAUUGUCGGCUCCGAAGGCACGCUCGGUCUAGUCACUGAGGCGACGCUCAAGCUGGCCCCUAUCCCCACUCACACUGGCGUUGCCGUCAUCUCGUUCCCCACCAUCAAGACAGCCGCGAGUAUGGCUAUCGACGUGGUGCGGCGUGGCAUCACCGUCGGGUGUAUUGAGAUUCUCGACGACGUGCAAAUGCGGGUUAUCAACCAGAUUGGCGCGACCGGGCGAACGUGGCGCGAAGAGCCAACAUUGUUCCUCAAGUUCACCGGCGACGAAGAACUGGUCAACCACAGCAUCAGGGCGGUGCAGGAGGUGGCAAAGGCGCACGGCAACCCGGCCAUGGAGUUUGAAAACGACGCAGAAAAGCAGAAAGUGCUGUGGUCGGCAAGAAAGGAGGCCUUGUGGAGCAUGCUCGCGCUGAGAAAGAGCGGCAGUGAGGUGUGGACGACGGAUGUGGCCGUGCCAUUGUCCCGCGUCGCAGAUCUCAUUGAAUUGUCCAAGCAGGAUCUAGACAGCCUCGACCUAUUUGGCAGCAUAAUCGGGCACGUGGGUGAUGGCAACUUCCACGAGACGAUUUUGUUCGACGGCGCGAAGGAGCGCAGCCGCGUCGAGCAGAGCGUGCACCGGAUGGUUGACCGAGCCUUGGAAAUGGAAGGCACAUGCACGGGUGAACACGGUAUCGGUCUGGGCAAGAUUGAUUCUUUACAGGAUGAGCUCGGCGAAGGGCCUCUGGCCAUGAUGAGGGCGAUCAAGACCAGCCUUGAUCCCAAGUGGUUGAUGAACCCUGGCAAAAUCUUUCACAGACAAGCAACAAAGUAGUCCGCAAGGUUUGGGCAUGGAGGACAAUGAGGUGAUUAAAACAAUUCAUACAAGGGGAU